CUCAAGUUAUCUCGACACCCACCGGAACCCGGUUUCGAGUGAUACUUCGGACAGGAAGAUAGCAAGAAAUUAUCACUAUUUUCGCCAAGGAUCAUUUCAGCGCUAUUCAGUCCAGGAAUAGGCUAUGCGUUUGCGAAAAUAUGAAUAUUUCUAGUACAGCUUUUCGGUCCACCUCUUCAGUUGCGUAUGUCCGGUUCAGAAAACUUGCGCGAUACUCAGCCGUAUGAUGGAGAAUCGCAGAAAGAUUCAGAAGACUUACCGUGCCGAUGUUACUCUGGUAUGGCUUUGGUCUGCACCCACAUCGCCAAUUGUCCAUGCUCAGUCAGAACUAUGCAGCCUAUACUGAAGUUUCCACUAAGGAGUAUUCGUUCGAAGAUGUCAUAUCUCCAAGAUACUGUGCACUCAAUUUUUAGCAACAAGGGCUAGAUGCAAUUUGAGCUCGCGGUCCGGUAUUUUUAGCUACCCGUCCGUCCUCAGUCGGGCCUCUUGACGAGUUGGGUUUUUAAAUCAUGACGAUUUUAAAAUCGCAUUUUUUAGCAUGUGUCUCAGAGAUUGGCAAAUGAUGUUGUAGGCCUGUCCGAUCCAAAGUACGGUAAUUCGAACCGUUAUAUAGACGCGACAUGUUUCCUCCUUAGUUCAAGCACCAUUGAUCCAAUUGAUGCAGACGGACGGAUUCACCGAUGGCGAAAAUGAAAUUCAGUGUGU